CCGCAGCUCCAAACCCAUCAGAGUCAAAGAAAACCCCCCCAAUGCCUCCCACAAACCUCGACAGAACCCUCUCCUCCAUCCUCUCCUCCCGCCUCUCCCAGGGCCGCCUCCGCCGCCUCACCAUCCCCUCCGCAACCUCCAUCGACUUUUCUUCCAACAGCUACCUCUCCCUAUCCUCCCAUCCCGCCGUCAAAGCAGCAUACAUCUCGCUCCUCACCUCUCAUCUCCAUCCUCAACCCGGCCACAGUCUCGGCUCAGGAGGAUCCCGCCUCUUGGACGGAAACUCCGCCUUCGCAGAGGAUCUGGAACGGCAAAUCGCAGACUUUCACGGCGCAGAGGCGGGAUUGCUGUUUAAUUCCGGGUUUGAAGCCAACACGGGGCUAUUCGCCUGUGUGCCGCAAAGGGGAGACGUUAUCGUGUACGAUGAAUUGAUCCAUGCGAGCGUCCACGAUGGAAUGCGGUUGAGCAGGGCGCAAAGGAUCCCCUUUGCGCAUAACAGGGUAUACGAUGCUGACUUAGACGCUCUGCUGCAGAGCUUGACAAAAGGUCCACAAGGAGAAGCUGUCAAGAGCGGCAGGACAAACAUCUUCAUCGCCGUCGAGGGAAUCUACAGCAUGGACGGAGACGCGGCUCCCCUCAAGCACAUUGCCGAAUGCGUCGAAAAGAGGCUUCCCCAGGGCAACGGCUACAUCAUCGUCGACGAAGCGCAUUCAACAGGGAUCCUCGGCCCCCAAGGAAGAGGUCUUGUCUGUCAGCUUGGUCUGCAAGACAGGAUAUGGGCGCGCGUACAUACCUUUGGCAAGGCCAUGGGAUGUUCCGGUGCCAUCGUCCUCUGCUCGUCAACCGCAAGAAACUACCUCAUCAACUACGCCCGCAGCUUCAUCUACACAACAGCAAUGUCCUUUCCCUCCCUCGCCAGCAUCCGCACGACCUACAACUUCCUCGCCAGCGGCCAUGCAGAUCCUCUCAUCAAGAAGCUGUACUCCCUGAUUCACCACAUGCACAGCCUCCUCGCAGACACUAUCAAACGGCAUGCUCCCUCGCCGGAGCUCUUCCGCAUCAACCCCGAGGUGCCGCAGUCGCCCAUCCUGCCGCUGUUUACAAACAAGGCGCGGAGUCUGGCGCAGUAUUGCCAGGACAGGGGGUUCACGGUGAGGCCGAUUGUGGCGCCUACGGUGCCGAUGGGGCAGGAUCGGGUGAGGGUGUGUUUGCACGCUGGGAACAGCGUGGAGGAGGUGGAGGGAUUGUGUAGAGCAGUAGAGCAGUGGGUGGUAAAAGCCGUAAAGAGUAGAUUGUAA